GCAGCAGCCAUGAACCGCAAACAACGCCAGACUACACGACUGCUUCUUUUUGGAGUAAUAUAUCAGUAAUAUAUGGACAAAUCCGCAAAAGCAACAUUAUGCUGGUACAUACUGCUAUCUACGUGGAUCCUGAGCACAGUUAUAGAAACUCUCCAGGUGAUUGGAGGAAACAUAACCGCUGUGCAAGGAAGGACCACUAUCUUACCCUGUAAACUUAUCGAUACUACGGAGGCCCUCAACCAGAUUUCCUGGCAGAAGAAGACCAGAGAAAAACCUCAGAAUGUCAACUUCUUUACGAUCCUAGCCUCAGGAGAACCAAAUUUUGUCAAUGGAUACGAUGAACGAUUUAAAUUUAUUGGGAACUUAAGUGCCGGCAAUGGAUCUCUGCAGUUUUCAAGUGUUACAUUGAUGGAUGAAGGCAUCUACACGUGCAUCUUCUCUCUGUUCCCCAGCGGAAACCACCAGACUGAGAUACUUCUAAACUUGCUUGUGCCUCCGGUCACAAACCUGAAGGGUGAUCGUCCUAUUUUGGGUAAUGAAGAGGUUUCCCUCGUUACCUGCACGGCUGCUGGUUCCAAGCCUGUGACAGAAGUAAAGUGGCUCACUGGUACUCUGGCAGAAACCGUGAGGGCAAAAACCAACUCCAUCCCGCAUGCCAACAGUACAACUACCACAGUCAGCACGCUGUUUGGAGUACCUACCAGAGAAAUCAACCACCAUUUGGUCCAGUGUGUCAUCUCCAGUGAAGCCAUGUCCAAAAAAGAAACCCUGUCCUACACCAUACAGGUCGACUUCUCACCGAUGGAAGUCACCAUCCGUAAAAGUUCUGAAGGCCGAUUUGAAUGCGUGACUGAAGCCAACCCGCCUCCAGACUUCAACUGGAGCAGUAUUGACCACUCGUGGCCUCAGUCUGCUGUCAGAGAGGGUGCAAUGUUACAGUUUCUAAAAAUAACCUCUGACCUUAAUGGCCUCUACCAGUGUGAAGCCUCUAACCCAUAUGGAAGUAAACAUGGACACCUCUAUGUGCAUGUGCCUCCAGGAUCCUGCUCUGCUUGUUUGGGUGUUUUGCUUGCCGUGAUUGCCGUGAUUGCCGUUGCUGUAGUGUGGUACUUAUAUAAAUCCGGGAAAUGUCUAAGGAUACGAGAGGUCAUGCAUGAAAAGAGGAUGGCAGUACGAAGAACUUUCAGUAGACGUGAAGAGGCUCAAGUAGUAGAAGAAGAACCACUAUAGGAAGAGGAAGAAGAGGGAUCUCUUUGACAUCCGUGGAAGCAACAAACUGGAACACAGUUGCACCUGCACUGCAGCUGGUUUACAGGCUCCAUGACUAACGUGUGUCAUUCCUAACUCACUGGUUAGUGAGCAGAUGCAGCAGUCCAGGUGCUGUUUAUGGUAAUGUCCACUGCUGAUAGCAUUAUGAAUAUAGAAUACUUGGUUAAUUUGUCAACAAAUAUCUAUAAUAUACUAUACUAAACUAUACAAAAGAAGCAACAAAAUGGGGUAGUGUUCAAGCGAAAGAGGAAAUAAUGUGUAUAAUGUGUGGCCUACUGAAAGGAAGUAUGCUCAACUGACAUUCAGUGGAUGUGUGUUUAUGUAAGAUAUGGCUUUAACCUUGUGGCUGUUUUAUUAUUAACGGCUCUAACUGACACAGGGUGUUUUCCCUAACAGUGUUAAAGGACCAGUGUGUAUGAUUUACAGGCCAAGAAAUAGAAGAUGUUUAAUUAUUUGUUUGUUUUUGAAGUACUUUUCCAGUUAUCAAAUCUUUGACUGCUGACUGAAAGCUAACUCGCAGACAAAUCUUUCCUGACUCGCAGUCGACUAAAUAAUUAAUUUUACUGAUGCCAUACAUGUAUGUAAGACAAAUACUGUCAGUGUUGAGUCACAGUGCACAAUGCAUCGCAUUGAACGUGCACAAUCAAUGCCGUGAGCUACAACUGAAAUUUUGCGUUAUCACUUAUCACAUUGUUUUAGUUUUGUUUUUAGUAAUAACAAUGUUAUCCAAACCGUCAUUUAUCUUUACACCAGUCUCGUAUGUGGAGUUAUGGGUAAACACGCUGGAAACUCAAAGUCAGCAAAAAAGGAUUUUCUGACAUGUUCAAGUUUAGUAAAGGUCAAAAUGAAGAUCUUUGCAGAAAAAGGUUAUUCUAUAAUGUAAAAAGUUGCACUGCAUCUUCUCCUCUAAAGUACUAAUAUUUGAUCCUUACCAGUAAACACAAAGUAAAAGUGUUUGAUUGGCUCACAUUGUGAUCCUAAAGUCAUGGCGCUAGCAUAGCUAAAAAUGAGAGGAACAAGUUAUUUUAAGUUUUUCAAAAUAUGACGAAAUAAAAUGAUACGACCGGCUUAAAAACAAAUAUAAAGUGCAUAUAAAACUCACCAUUACGCUGAAUUAGUGGGAGCCCUGAGCUUGUGUCUCUGCAACGAGCCGGUCCAAUAUAAGGGUACCAAAUGACCCACGGACCGGUGGUUGGGGACCACUGCUCUAGAGUUCCGAGCUUAAAAGUCCAUAAGCAUUUCAUGUCAUGUUUAGUAGUAGCAGCAGCAGCAGCAGCAGCAGCUGUAGCAGUAGUAGUAGUAAGUACAAUAUCCUUUUCCCCAAUUCCACUAAUCAAACCGUGGCACUGUAGCGCUUCUUGCGGCCAAAAAGGUGAUUUGUGUUGUUAAAAUGCGUUACGUAGUACAAAAAAGAUAUAAGAAAUACAUCUGAAGAGUGUCAAAUAAAUCAAACCUGGAAUCCUGCAUACAAUAAAAAGAUGCAGUAUAUGAAUGAGCAACUAAAUGUGCAUUAAAACAGCGUAAAGUUGUAAAACCUUUCGUCUCCAGAAGGAGCUUUGUGAAGUCUCGUGAAUUGCCUCUUUUGAGUCAGUGUUGGAUGUGUGGAGAUUGAAAAAGUGAGCUUACCUGAACUCUGUAACCCGCUCCUUAUCUCUGCUUGAGGCUACAUUAGCAACUACUACCAUCACACACCCAAAUCUCAACUAUCGGCAGUUAAGUUGCAUUGUGGGUAAUGUAGGUGCCAGGUUUUGAAGAGAAUGAUGCUUAAAAAAACCCGAUAUCUCAGACCUCAGACGAUGUUACACAAAAGGUAAAUUAGUUUGAGUUCUCUUUUAAAGCUGGAGUGGGUAAUCUUCUCCAAAAAUAGUUUUUGUUAUACUUGCCGAAAUGCUCUUUACAUGCCGACAGCAUUUCAAGCAAUUUGUCAGAUCAAAUGCUCUGACAAAAAAAAGACAAACAUGUUUCAUGCUACGUUCAUAAUGAUGUGUUUAAGUUCAUGAUGAUUUGUUCAGGUUCAUCAUCAUUUUGGGGGAGUGGCUUUUGGAGGGAGGCCUGGAUUUACUUUGUUUUUUUAAUCUUAAAACCUUAAUUGUUAAUUAAUUGUGUGUUGCGUGUUUAAUAGUGUGCACAUGUUUUAUGUAACAUGAUAAGUAUCGGGUACUGAUUUUGAUAUAACAUUUUUAUUUAUUUAUAUUAUAAUAUUUGCUUUAUUAUGCUGUAAAGUUUGGUUUUUCUUUUUCUUUUUCAGUAAUGUUAGUGUUAGUUAGCAGAAGUGGCAGUUCUCAUACUGAUGUCUAUUCAGGGGCUUAUUUCAGUACCGCCUCAGUUUGUCUGCAGUGGAAACAGGAUGUAAAUUGUGAAACUUUCAUGCUGACACGUGUGGAUGUGUGUCAUUAUGGUGGUGUGUUAUAUAGUAGUGAUACACACUACUAAGACAACAAGUCAGAGGCUACCUUUAAUGUCUUUAACAGAAAGCCUUGAGUUGUGUUUGAAAGAGUCAGGCCGGGUAAUACAAGAUGAUAUUAAGUUGAAUUAUGGAAAGUCUAGGAUCCAGUGUUAUGGACCUUUAUAUCCAAACUAGAUACUAGGUCAUGACAUCUUGGUCUUAUUUUUUUUUUUAAUCAUAUGUCUCUUGUGAUUGCAGUACCAAAUGCUUAAAGCUUAACUACCAUUAUUUACAAACAUUUACAAAGAAUAUGAGCUCUACUGGAUAUACUAUUGAGCUGUUGACGCUUAUCUGGUCUUCAGGUCUCUCUUCCUGUUUAGCAUCCUUAUCAUUAAUGUUGUCAACCGCUUUCUUUCUUAGUAUUCACUUGAUACUAGACAUAUGAACUUCAUUUGUUAUUUGCAGGUUACCCUUUAAUGGAAAUACACAUUCAAAAUGUGUAUGUAAAAAACAGACAAAAUAGACACAGCAAUCACUAGCUUGUCCGAUUUUCCAGCUUCCUCACGCUCUGGGGAAAAACAGUAUUAAACUCACUUUGAGUCUAAUAUGUAGUUUUAUUAAGCUCAACUUCAGGGAUGAUGUUGUUUUGGUGAGAUCAUUCUUACAUAAAGGAAGUUGGGGUAGUGCACGACCUGUGGCCUGUAAAUCCCCCCCGAGUACUAACAUUUUGUGGCAUGAUGUAGUUAUACUUCAAUAUCCAAACUCUAAAUCUGAGAAGCUUUUAGUUACACCAACUGAAUGAGAAAAACACGCCUGUGAUGCUUUAGUGAAGAGAAUAAUACAUUUAAUCAGCAAAUAUGCUAAUAAGCUUGUGUGGCUCUUUGGUUUUACGCUUGUGUGUUGUUCAGUUCAUGUAUAGAAACAAUAGCAUAGUAAUGUUGGCUCUGUUAAUAAACCUACAAUCACUCUGUU